GCCGAUUGGGGCUGACGGUUGUGUGUCGAACUGUCUCUAUUUAUAUUUUUAGAAUAUUAGGUGUAGAUUCGUAAUAACUGAUAAACAUGACGGGAAUUUUACCUACGUAUCAGCGGUUUGUUAACGGGGUACCCGUCCCGUCCAUAUCUCGGCGGUCGUUCCGUAUAAGAGAGAAAUAUCUGAUUGUUUCUGUACUUUUGACGUUCGGAAUCGUGUGGUUAGGAGCUCUGUUUUAUUUACCUGAAUUUAAAAGUUCGAGCAGUGUGAAUGACAGUGUUUACAAUGUGUACAAACGUAUUCAGAAAGCGGGUCCAGAGCUGUUAAUGCCUCCGCCACUCGCUCAAAACGAUGUGGGAGACUUUCCUGUGGUCGGUAUCGUUCGGCAUGGCGAAGAAGGUGACGACCCACACAUAGUUGAGGACAGAAACAGACUUAAAGCUAAGAUAGACGAAGACAUGGGCAUGAAAGUUCUCGAGAGACCGCAGUUUGAUGUUGCACCUUCUGUAUCUUCUUCUCGAGGUCCCAGCAAGCCUCCUGUUGACGCAAUAGAAGAGCCCGCUGUUAGGAACUUCGCAGCUAAAGACGCAUCUCCGGCUGGUCCUAAACCAGACGGGUCUAAUAGAUACGUCGCUGUUGCUAUCGGUCCUAACGCUGAUCCAGAUCAGAAACAAAAGUUAGAGACAGUUAAAGAGAUGAUGCGACACGCUUGGAACAAUUACAAACUGUACGCUUGGGGUAAAAAUGAACUGAAACCGAUAUCUAAACGCGCACAUUUGUCGAGCGUGUUUGGCUCCGGGGAGAUGGGAGCCACCAUUGUUGACGGCCUGGACACCUUGUACGUGAUGGGCCUGACCGACGAGUUCCGUGAGGGACGUGACUGGAUCGCGGAACAUUUCAACAUCAACGAAAUCGAUUCCGAACUAUCAGUAUUCGAAACGACGAUACGUUUUGUGGGAGGUCUGCUGUCUUGCUACGCUCUGACCGGUGACACCAUCUUCAGAGACAAAGCCGCCGAGGUCGCCGACGCCCUGCUGCCUGCCUUCGAAACUCCCACUGGACUUCCAUACGCUUUAAUCAAUCCAUCCACUAAGGCCAGCCGCCAGUAUCACUGGGCAGGCCCGAACAGUAUCCUCUCUGAAUUGGGUACAUUACACCUCGAGUUCUCAUACCUGAGUGACGUCACAGGACGUGAAGUCUACAGGAACAAAGUGGAUAAAAUACGUGAAGUUCUCUACAACAUUGAGAAGCCCGGUGAUCUUUAUCCGAACUUCAUCAAUCCUCGAACCGGACAGUGGGGACAAAGACACAUAUCCCUGGGAGCUCUGGGCGACUCGUUCUACGAGUACCUGCUGAAGGCCUGGCUCGCGUCGAACCGCGGCGACGAGCAGGCGCGCACAAUGUUCGACACGGCGAUGCAGGCCGCGCUCGACAAGAUGCUGCGCGUGUCGCCCUCCGGCCUCGCCUACCUCGCCGAACUCAAGUACGGCAGGGUCAUCGAAGAGAAGAUGGAUCACUUGUCUUGCUUCGCUGGUGGCAUGUUCGCUUUGGCCGCUACGACAUUGGAGAAUUCGUUGUCUGAACGGUACAUGGACGUCGCAAGGAAGCUGACCCACACCUGUCACGAGUCCUACUUCAGAUCCGAAACUAAACUGGGACCAGAGGCAUUCAGAUUUUCGAACGCAGUCGAAGCCCGGGCUCAGAAGAGCAACGAGAAGGUGUACAUAUUGAGGCCGGAGACGUUCGAGAGCUACUUCAUCAUGUGGCGACUCACCAAGGAGCAGAAGUACCGCGACUGGGGCUGGGAGGCGGUUCAGGCCCUAGAGAAGCAUUGUCGCGUCGAAGGCGGCUACACCGGACUCACGAACGUCUACCACCAGAACCCUCAGGGCGACGACGUGCAGCAGAGCUACUUCCUCGCUGAAACACUUAAGUACCUCUACCUUCUGUUCUCGGACGACUCUCUCCUUUCGCUCGACGAGUGGGUGUUCAACACUGAAGCUCAUCCGCUUCCAAUUAAAGGCAAGAAUCCCCUGUACCGCAUGGCGAGCACGCCCGUGCCUAUAGAAGACAACCGAGUCUAAGAAGAUGAAAUCGACAGCUCUGUGUGCUUAGUGCCAGUUUUUUAACGUUCUCGCUAGCGUAAAAGUUAAGUCAAAAUUGUAUAGAGUUGGAACGUUUGCCUAUGUUUGCCGCUAGGGGCAUUGUUCCAGCUGCAUACAAAUUUCAGGUAAAUUUUACGCUAUAGAGAACGUUAAAAAACUCGCACUACGCACACAGAUCAUCUGACGAGAAGAAGUCCCAAAGUUAAUUACGAAACUAUUCAAAAUGGCUGUUCUAACUAACAACCUGCCAACAAAUAACGAACGGAAGGGGUAUAGUCACGGAUGUGUGAUUCUUGUAGGCAUUUGUACAAAUUGAAUUUGGUAGCAUAAUAAAUAGAUUAUUUUGUAAUUGGAA